AUGAAUUUAACGAUCAGGUGUACGAGGUCGGCUGCGGCAGUCACCAGCCCGAUCACGAAUCCCAUACCGCGCCGACAUGUGCAGGCGUGGCUUGAAGAGAUGUAUCCUAAACCAGAGCCGCAAUUGCUUCACGCGAGGCUAUCGUUUCAAGACACGUCGGCUUUUCCGCACAAGCCGUUGGUCUCCAUAGGCGCUAUGUGCGACUGGCUGUUUAUAGAGAACAUGGCUGGCCCGCGCUUCCCCCUGCAAUUCGUGAAGGUCCGCUCGCCCCCGAGGACUGUUUUCUUGGACUUGAGGUUCGACUUGAGAAAGAUGAUCCGCUUACUCAAGAACGAUGUGUUUCCCUACAUCGAUAAGCCGGUCGUGGUCCUCACCACGUCGCAAGACAGGACAAUUCCACGUCAGCGUGACCGCCGAUUUGGGAAUAUCACUGGUGUAAUGUUGCGGAGUUUUGCCAGGUUGUUGGAUGAUCGUCUGAUCGAGCGGUGGGUGACAGAGAAUUUCGACGAUUCUACAUUCCACGAUAAGCUUGCUGGGAUUCCGACUGGAUUAUACACGCCCAACUGCGAGAUUGCAGGACAAGCUAAUCAGGAUUGCAGUCAGGAGUGGUGGUCGGUAAUCAAGGCUGGAUGGCUUGUGCCUCUGUCGCAAAGGCCGCUCACUGUGAGCUGCAAUGGCAGGCGUCAUGACGAAGAGGCCACGGGCCAGUUCACCGACAGGGUCAACGCGCUCAACAACUGCAGACCAGGCGGCUCAUGGGGAGACUUCUCUGAGUUUCGAGGCGAGAUGUUAAGCAAUCAGUUUGCUGCUUGGUGGCAGAAUCACUCUUUCGUCCUUUGCCCUCACGGCGGUGGCCUUGACCCCAGCCCAAGGACUUUCAUGGCCAUCGCCUCUGGCACUAUCCCAAUCGUGCAGAGUACGCCUGGUCUGGACACGGUCUACUGUCAGCUCCCUGUGGCGUUUGUGCGUGAUUGGGAGCCAGCGUCCAUCUCCGUCGAGAAGCUGCAGCGCUGGCGGGAUUAUCUGGCGCCCCAGUAUGAAGAUCCCGAGCUUGUGGCGAAGGUGAUCGCCAGACUCACAAUGAAGCAUUGGUGGGAGGGGACAGUCAAUCGCACAGUCAGGAUGACGAACAAGACGAAGAGGAAGACAAAUGAUAAAAGGAGGAAGGCCGCCGCGCAGACAGCAGUGGGCAUCCAAAGGGCUCCCACGCAGGAGGGUGCCGCGCAGACAGCGGUGGGCAUCCAGAGGGCUCCCACGCAGCACGAGGAGGGUGCCGCUCAGACAGCAGGGGGCAUCCAGAGGGCUCCCACCCAGAAAGAGGGCGACGAGCGAACAGCAGUGGGCAGCGAGCACAUCCCUACGCAGGAAGAGAGCGCCGCGGAGAUAGAAGCGGGCAUCCAGAGGGCAGCGGGGCAGAAGGCAGGCUCCAGGCGGAGAAAGGGGGGCGGCAAGCAGAGAAGCUCACACGAGACAACCAGGCCGCGCACAGAACAUGCUGGGAGCGCUGCGCAAGCGGCACCGGGCAGCCCGAGGGUCGCGAGGGAGCCGAUCAAGAAUGGCUCCCGGCAGCAAAGGAAAAGUGGCGGCGAGAGCAUGGAGGAGAUCGCCAGGCGGCGGAAAGAAAUAAGGGUCGCAAAAAGACGGGCAGAUGAAGCAGCGGCUCGCGCACGCGCGCAGGGGACUUGA